GCAGGCAGAAGAGGUAUCAGUCUCUGUGAGAGCCAUACACCCCUCACCUGCACACACACACACACAACACACAUACACUCACAUACACACUCGCCCCACGCCUUCACCUUCUGCACCGUCCUCUCUUCAAUCCUGCUGCACAUCACCAGUUAUUCUGACUGGAUGAGCUACCCGGUGGACACUGUAGGGAGCCCAUUUCGGAGAAAUAUGGAUACUAGAACGACCGGCUACGGCUACAGCCGCUCCGGCAGCACCCCCUCCAGCGGCUUUCGCUCCCAGUCUUGGUCCCGGGCAAGCCCCGGCUCCACCAUGACCACGUCUUACAAGAGGAGCGUGAAUAUGCCGGAGUCCCGAGUUUACAGCUCCACGGUGCACAGCUCCGCCGACAGCGUUGAUUAUAAUCAAACCUCCAUGCUGACCGGAGACUACAAGCGAUCUAACGAGAAAGAGCAACUUCAAGGGCUCAACGACCGCUUUGUUGUUUACAUCGACAAGGUGCACUACCUGGAGCAGCAGAACAAGCAGAUCGAGGAUGAGAUCCAGGCACUGCGGCAGAAGCAGGUGUCACGCUCCCAGCUGGGCGAACACUACGACCAGGAGCUGCAGGAGCUGCGCUCCAUGCUGGAGCAGAUCCACCAUGACAAGACGCAAAUCCAGCUCGACUCCGACCACAUCGAAGAGGACAUCCACCGGAUCAAGGACCGCUUGGACGAAGAGGCUCGCAUCCGGAAGGAGACUGAGGCCAUAAUCCGCAUCCUGAGGAAGGACAUGAGCGACUCGGAGUUGGUGAAGUCUGAGUUGGAUAAGAAAGUUCAGUCGCUGCAGGAUGAGAUCGCCUUCAUCCGCAACAACCACGAGGAAGAGGUGAGCGAUCUGAUCGCCCAGAUCGAGGCGUCUCAGCUGACCGUGGAGAGGAAAGACCUGCAGAAGACGGACAUCACCGAGGCACUGCGGGAGAUCCGCUGCGAGCUGGAGGGUCACUCCAACCAAAACUUGCUGCAGGUGGAGAACUGGUUCAUGUGCCGCUUCUCCAAGCUCACCGAUGCUGCGGAGCAGAACAAGGACGCCAUAAAGUCAGCCCGCGAUGAGAUAUCCGACUACCGCCGCCAGCUGCAGUCCAAGACGGUGGAGUUGGAAUCCAUCCGCGGGACAAGAGAGUCGCUGGAGAGGCAGCUGAAUGACAUCGAGGACCGCCACAACAGCGAUCUGUCCAGCCUGCAGGAGACAAUUCACCAGCUGGAUAAUGAGCUCAAGAGCACCAAAUGGGAGAUGGCUCGUCACUUGCGCGAGUACCAGGACCUGCUCAAUGUCAAGAUGGCCUUGGACAUUGAGAUUGCUGCAUACAGGAAACUCCUAGAGGGCGAGGAAACCCACUUUAGCACUUUCCCUUAUCGCCAGGCGGUGACCCCCACCAAAAUCUUCAAGUCUAAAUCAGACACUCCCAAGCUUAAGGUGCAGCAUAAGUUUGUGGAGGAAAUCAUCGAGGAGACAAGGGUGGAGGAUGACAUCGACGAGGAUCUGGCGGAGAUCGCACAAGAGCUGUCCGCCACACUUGGAAGGGGAGCAGAUGAGGAAGAGGAAGAGGAAGGGGAAGAGGGAGGAGAGGACGCAGAAAGUGAGGGGCAAGAGGGAGAAGGGGAAGGCGAGGAGGAAGAAGUUGUAGCCGCCACUGAAGCCAAAGUUAGCUCUAGCGCACCUGCUAAGGAGGAAGAGGAGGGAAAAGGUGGCGAUGACGAAGAAGAGGGAGAGGGAGAAGGUGGAGAAGAAGGAGAGAAGGAAGAAGAUGGUGAGGGAGAGGAUGAGGGAGAAAAGGGGGAUGAUGCAGAGGGUGGCGAUGAAGGAGAAGGAGAAGAUGUUGGAGAGGAAGAGGAGGAAGUUGAGGAGACAGUAUUGUGCUCCAAAGCGCCACAGUCUAAAGCCUCUCCUGACAAAGAGAAGGCCGAAGACAAAGAAGGCAGCGGAGGAGAAGAGGAAGCUGCUGCCGAUGAGGAAGAUGCCAAUAAGGAUGAAGACGCAGCCAGUGACAAAGCAUCCAAAAGCAGCGAUGAGAAAGAGGAAAAAGAGGAUGCGGACACAGACAAAAAGGACGACAGUGAAAAAGACGAGAAGGUGAAAGAUGAGAAAGCAGACGACAAAUCAGAAGAAGUCGUAGCCAAGACAGAAGCUCCGAAAACAGAAGCUGCAAAGCCCGAGGCCAAGAAGGAAGAGGCUGCCAAAUCUGAAUCACCUAAACUUGGAUCCCCCAAGUCUGAGUCACCUAAACUUGGAUCCCCCAAGUCUGAGUCACCUAAACUUGGAUCCCCCAAAUCUGAGUCACCUAAACUUGGAUCUCCCAAAUCUGAAUCACCUAAACUUGGAUCCCCCAAAUCUGAGUCACCUAUACUUGGGUCCCCCAAAUCUGAAUCACCUAAACUUGGAUCCCCCAAGUCUGAAUCACCUAAACUUGGAUCCCCCAAGUCUGAGUCUCCUAAACUUGGAUCCCCCAAGUCUGAAUCACCUAAACUUGGAUCCCCCAAGUCUGAAUUACCUAAACUUGGAUCCCCCAAGUCUGAAUCACCUAAACUUGGAUCCCCCAAGUCUGAGUCACCUAAACUUGGAUCCCCCAAGUCUGAAUCACCUAAACUUGGAUCCCCCAAGUCUGAAUCACCUAAACUUGGAUCCCCCAAGUCUGAGUCUCCUAAACUUGGAUCCCCCAAGUCUGAGUCUCCUAAACUUGGAUCCCCCAAGUCUGAGUCACCUAAACUUGGAUCCCCCAAGUCUGAGUCUCCUAAACUUGGAUCCCCCAAAUCUGAGUCACUUAAACUUGGAUCCCUCAAGCCUGAAUCACCUAAACUUGGAUCCCCCAAGUCUGAGUCUCCUAAACUUGGAUCCCCCAAAUCUGAGUCACCUAAACUUGGAUCCCCCAAGUCUGAAUCACCUAAACCUGAGUCUCCUAAAUUGGAAUCUCCCAAGCCUGCAUCUCUGAAGCCUGAGUCCCCCAAAGAAGGCUCACCGAAGGCUGGAUCCCCAAAACCUAGCUCCCCAAGAGCCGAGUCUCCCAAGUCAGAAUCUCCGAAACCCGAAUCUCCAAGAGCUGAAUCCCCAAAGACAGAGACCGCCAAGCCUGAGGCCCCUAAACCUACUGAAGAGAAAUCAGAGAAAAAGAGCGACUCAACAGACAACAAGAACGACGAAAAAAAGGAUGUUUCCAUGAACGGCGAUGUAGACAAGAGCAGCCCCGAAGAGAAAGAGAAGAAGGACGAGGAGAAAGAAGUCGACGUGAUCUCUAACGGCGUGGACGACAGCCCGGUCAAGGAAGACGGCAGCCAGAAAGUGGUGAUCACCAAAACCGUGGAGACGAUCACCACCGGAGAGGACGGAUCCAAACACGUCACCAAAUCAGUCACUGUGACCGAGACGAUGAAGGAAGAAGUGGAAGAGGUGAAGCAGGAGGUGCUGGUCUCCACCAAGAAGAUAGAGAAGCACUCCACCCAGUCCAUUAAGCAGGUGACAGAGAGCGAAUAAGCAGACUCCAGACGGGUGAUCCGACGGAGGCGGUCCAGAGGAGAUGACACGAAGACAAGCAAUCAACCCCGAACUAACAUAACAAAGAAAAUCAUACAGCUAGAGCGAUGUAAUAAUGAUAACAACUCUCAAACAUACAAAACAAAUCAUAGAGAGAAGCCACACCUUAAAUGCUACAAAUUUCAAAAAUGCAUGUUGAGUGACAGCUUUAAAUGGGCUUUGCUGCCGACGCGGUCAGGAGCAAGCGACUGGGACAUUUUAUCCUCUUUUUCUUUCUUUCUGCAGUUCACGGGCGAGCUCACGGGAGGGAGGGAGGGGGGUCUCUGCAUGCUAGCUCAGGAGAGGGGAGUACUUUACUCCCUUAUCUGUAUGUAUGGUAUAAAUACACUGUAAAAAGAGUAAAUAUGUAAAAGGAAUAAAUAUAAUGUGGGUGGGAGAGUGAUAGAAAUAUUGUUAAAGAUUUUUUGGGAGGGUCCCCACAUACUGAAGAAGCCUUACUUGACAUGUGAAGAUACAAACUGAGCCAAAUAUAAACUAACAACACAACGUACAGAGAAGAAAGAGACGGGCAGAGAUAUGAUAAACAUAUGACCAUAUACAUCCAGUAACUGAAGCAGUUAAAGCUUAACAAACCUGAAUAAACUCCUAGCCUUAAACAUGCUUUUUAUCAGUGUCUGUUAUGUUUAACUGAGUGCAACUGAAAAAAAAAUGUAACUGUAAAUGCGCAUUUUCAUGCAUUCUUGUAUGCAAAGAAUGGACUUGAAUUUAAAUA